CUCGAUAAAGACAAUUGUGCCUGGGCAUACAUUCCUCCUAAACCUGUUUAGCAUCUAUUUACGUCUUGACUGCAAUUGAUGAUUUGUGUGAUAACUACGUAUUAUUAUUAUAUAGCGCGCCUUUCCUCAGCACCAAACCGAGACUCGAAGCGCUAUAAUUUGCCUAAAGAAGCACAAAUCCUUUUUAGUGCUGGCAUCAAAUGCAUCUUCAUACACCAACAUAAAACCCUGUAGCACCCGGAGAAAACCAGCGGGUAUCAAUCCUGUAGGUGUUACUGUCAAAAAAAGUAUACCUCGCUGCCAAGAUUCGAACCCUGGACAGACGAUUCUCGCUGUCGUGGUGACAGACACUUGAGUUUCUAUACCACCAACCGCCCGGGUUCACCCUAAUUUGAUAAGAUUGAUUAGCCAGUCGAAUGAACUCUUCGUUAGUUGGUGUAUUUAGAAGAAAAAUGCUUCCUACUCGCGGCGACUUCACUCUAUCAGAGAGGGGAAAAACCGGAGUACAGGGAGAAAACUCCAGACGCCCAGCUCUGCGAACAGGUGUCACAUACAGAGUGUCCCGAGAUGAGAUCUGAACCCUGCAGGGGUGACAAACAAAUGUUUUAACCACAAUACUACCGGACGCCCCUAAAACCUCAUCAGCUCUCUCACAUACGAUAGAUAUACUAUAUGAGAGGAUAUUCCACCUUCUGCAAGCCUCAGCGAGCACAGUCACGUCCCUUGGCUUACAUGGGAAAGAACUCUGAAGGUAAUUCCAUCCACGUGGUAAAACAUAAACAUGGCAGCCGACGAAGCUCAUAGUCAUCGCCCUGGAGUUCUAAAGCAACAAAAUAAGAGUCACAAACAUGGAAAACAUAGAAGUAAAGGAGAACUAUCUCGUGAAUCUCAUGGUCGGGUCAACAUCAAAACUGUCACUAAGAAAGCUAAGCAAGUUCAACGAAAGAAUGAAAGGAGAAUUCAAGCAAAGCAACUCAGAAAGCUGAAAAGAGGGGAAGUUAUUGAGAUGAAACGAAGACGAGGAGGACAGUACACACCCCCUCAUUUUACAGUGAUUGUGAAGCUCUGUUCAUCGGUGAACACCGACACUGUGAUGGAGUUACUUCAAGAAGGUGCUGUUGAUGAGGAUCAAACGCCCACCGUUCUAAAAAAUGAACAAGGAGCUCUGCACAUCAGGAGGAAACUUUGUAACUUUUUUUUUUCUUCCUCUCCAGUGUUCCUCGCUUUAAAGCAGAGGAUGUCCUUCUUCAUUCCACAGUACGGCAAUCUGCAUGCACUGCUUGAUUCUGCAAAGAUAGCAGACUCUGUUCUAUUUGUAGUGUCUCCAGAAGCAGUAAUUGACAAUUAUGGUAACUCUUGUCUCAAGUGCCUCAUGGGACAGGGACUUUCCUCAUCAUUGUUUACAUGCCAUGGUCUUUCUCAGCUUCCUCAAAAGAAAGCAGCCGAAGCAAGAAAAGCUGCACAAAAAGUGUUGGAAAAAAGUUUUCCUUGUGAAAAACUGCGAACUCUAGACACCAGACAAGAUGCUUUGCUCAUCUUGAGGCAGCUGAUAGAUGCUAAAGUGAAGCCUGUCUAUUACCGUGAAAUGCGUCCAUACCUGUUUGCUGAAUCUAUAGCUUUUGAAGCUGAAACAGAUGAGAGUGUGGUGGGCACCUUAAAGGUAUCUGGCUAUCUGCGAGGUGAGAAACUUUCAGUCAACAGGCUGAUAUACAUCAGUGGCUGGGACAAUUACCAAAUAUCACAGAUUGACUCCAUCCCUGACCCAUAUCCACUUGUCAUCCAUAGUGAAAAACAAAAUGGUUCAUCCAUGAAUGUUGAUGAUGGCACUAAGGUGUUGGCACAUGCAGAACCUGACAAACAGGAAAGCUUGCAGAGUGAAGCAGAGCCUGAUGUUAUGCAGAAUGAGCAGACAUGGCCUACAGAAAGUGAAAUACUAGCAGCAGAAGCUUCUGCAUUGCAACGCAAGAAACUUCCAUCGGGUGUUUCAGAGUACCAACAGAUGUGGAUAAAUGAGAGUGAUGAGGAUGAUAGUGAUGAUGAUGAUGAUGAUAAUAGCGAUGAGGAUAUGGCACCAGUGGAUGUAGAGUCGGAUGAUGACAGCAAAGAAGAGGAAGAAGAUUCAGAAGCCCUUGAAACGAUGACUGUGACAGAAGGCGGAGAUGCAGAAAAAUAUGAUGCUGCAAUGGACCUUGAUGCAGAACAGAAAUUCCUGGAAAAGGUCAAAGAAGAACGUCAGCAUGUCAUGUUUCCAGAUGAAGUGGACACGCCUGUAGAUGUUCCAGCUAGAGUGCGCUUUGCAAGAUACCAAGGUUUACAGAGUUUUCGAACUUCGCCUUGGUGCCAGAAUGAGAACUUGCCUAUUGAGUAUGGGCGUAUUUUUAGAUUUGAUAAUAUAAAACUUUUGAAAAAGUCUGUCCGCAAGCAAGAAGUUUCUGAUGCAGUACAGCCUGGGCAGUACAUCACAAUCCACAUUUCCAAUGUUCCACGGACAUUUAUGGAGAGCCACUCUCCAAAUACUCCAGUAGUUCUUUUUGGGAUGCUGCCCCAUGAACAGAAGAUGACAGUGAUGCAUUUUGUGAUCAAGAGACCUCUUGAUUUUACUGAUCCUGUUCGUUCAAAGGAAGAGUUAGUCUUUCAAGUUGGAUACAGGCGCUUUUCUGCUUGUCCCAUUUUUUCACAGCAUGCAACAGGUGAUAAGCACAAGUUCGAGAGAUUCCUGCCCCAGAAUGAUGCAUGUGUGGCCAGCGUAUAUGCACCACUUACUUUUGCCCCUGCCCCUGUCCUAGUCUUUCAACAGGCCAAUGAUGGUCACCAUCAACUUGUGGCAUCCGGCUCUGUUUUAUCUGCCUCGCCUGAUCGAAUCAUUGUUAAGCGGAUAGUUCUAAGUGGUCAUCCCUUCAAGAUCAACAAGCGCUCAGCAGUUAUUCGCUUAAUGUUUUUCAACAGAGAGGAUAUUUUGUGGUUCAAGAAGAUUGAACUGAGGACAAAAUGGGGUCGUCGUGGUCAUAUUUUGGAGCCAUUAGGAACACAUGGGCACAUGAAAUGUGUCUUCAACGGUCAGCUGAAGUCCCAAGACACAGUUUUAAUGAACCUGUACAAACGGAUGUACUGCAAGUGGACUUACAAUCCUCGUGUACCUUGUCCAUCUGCACCCAGCAACAUGGAAGAGGAAGAAGAGGGACAAGCUUUCCAUAUGUUUGAUUAGAUCUGAUGUUGAAAAAUGUGGCAUUGUUAGUUCCAUGUACACUUUUGAAUAGAUUGGCCAACAUAAAUUCCAACGUGAAAGAAUACGAUCAUGUAAAAAUUAUAUGACCAUGGAAGAAGGCACCUUUUUCCCUCUGCAUUCAUGGGAGAGAAGUGGGGGGAAAAGCAUUUGUAAGUCCCUAGUGUCUUGGUUCAGCCAUUUAUAGCUUCAACAGCCAUCGCAUGUAUUUUGGCUUAAGCAUGAUGUGAUUUUGAGAUGUUUUAUGUGCAUAUUUAAUGAACUUCUGUACAGGUUACAAAGUUUUCUGAUAUUAAAAUUGUAUGAAAUGGGGUUUUUUGGCAUCGGAAUAUUCUUUUUUAAAUGGUAUCAGUAUUCAUUGUGACAUAUAGCUAAAAGUAACUGAGUUUCUAAUUGUUUGCAAAUCUUUGUGUAAUGUUUGCUUAUUUCUACAUCUUUUAUAACAUUCACUUCCACGCUGCAUUGGACUGGUUUCCUUGUGCUCUUAGUACUGUAUAUUUUUGUUAUUUCACUGUACAAUCCCUUGUAAUUCUGAUCAUUUUUUGUUUUUCGUUUACAGUUAAAAAAAAGUUGCCU